UGCACACACACACACACCCUGGAUAUAUUAAAAAUUGAUAAAAACAGGUCGAAACUACACAAGGCCCAGAAAUGAGCAGAGAAUCCUUCUGCUUAUCAUGCGAUGAGACUGCAGGUGAGGAAGCGGAAUGAGUUAAGAAAGGAAAAGUUUUCCUUAACUAAUAAGUUACCCGUCAUCUGCUCGAGGCAUGACACCGGCAACUCCGAGAAUUUUGCUCCUUUGACAGCGGCUUAUUAAGGGGUGUGGAGGAAAUGCAGAAAUCUGAAAGAGGACCAGAUGGUUAUCAUACUUUAUAGCUGAAGGAAUUAAAAAGAGGAGGAGUUCCCAUCUCCCUGUUUAUGGCCAGGAGGGGUGAUGGGGGAAAGCUUUCCUCCGGUAUAAAAACGGUGGAACAGGUUGGAAAUUGCGAACAAUCCACGCGGCAUCUUUCCAGCCCAUCUGCCAGAGAAGCCAUGGGAUGUCUUCACGGCUUCGCUCUCCUCGUGUUGUAUUCUGCAGUCACGGCUGCCGCCGCCUCAGAAGCUCAUGGCUGGUGGCCAAAGGCUCCCGUGGAUCUGGCUGAGCUAACUGGAAGCUUUCCCCAUCCUGUUCGCGCAGCCGCCCAGCCCUCGCCCACAGGUCUCAAGACUCCACUUGAUGUCCCAUUGUUACCAUGUCCAAAUGGGAAAAACUGGUGCUACCUCUCACAACAGUGUCAAGUCCAAGGUUGCAAAGAGCCUCGCCAGUGGGCAACGCUAUUCAGAGAUUGUGGGAAGAAAGAUCAAUCUCCAGUCAAUAUUCUCACCCAGCAGGUACAAUAUGACAACUCUCUGAAAGCAUUCAAUUUUAAAAACUACGAUAUCAAGCCCAGCAAAAAAUGGACCAUGCAAAAUAAUGGACACACAGUCCAAGUCCAGCUGGAUGGCUCCGGGAUGGUGGAACUGGGGGGCCUGACUGGCAGAUACAAGGCUAUGCAGUUCCAUUUCCACUGGGGAAGCCAGGAAGGAGAGCUGCUGAGUCCUGGCUCCGAACACAGCAUCGAUGGAGAGAGAUAUGCCAUGGAGCUCCACAUUGUCCACAUUAAGGAAGAAUUUAACGACGUAGCAUCAGCGAUCAAAGGAAAAGGCGUAGCAGUGCUGGGAUUUUUUAUAAAGGCUGGCAAUAAGAACGCAAAUUAUGAACCGCUCAUUUCAAAUUUUAAAGCGAUCAGUGCUGCAGGAAAUAAAACAGAGAUUCCAGCUUUGGCCCUGGGAUCCCUGAUACCUGAAAAGAAGGAUCUCACCAGCUUCUAUCGCUAUAAAGGCUCUCUGACCACACCUGGCUGCAACGAGGAGGUGAUCUGGACCUUAUUUGAGAAACCCAUUGAACUUGGGUCGCAGCAGAUUCAAGAAUUCUGGAAAAAGCUGUAUUUUGACACUAACACAAAAUUUUCUAUGAUGGACAAUUUUCGACCAGUUCAGCCUAUAUAUUCCCGAACUGUCUAUAAAUCGAACUCAAAUACCCUCUUGCCCCCAAGGAAUGUACUCUUGCUGAUCUCAACUGCUGUGUAUCUUGCCUUCACUUUGAUCCAAUGAAGAGUUGGCUGGAUCGUUUGAACAAUUCGCACUGAACUGAAAGGCCCUCAUCUUGAAAGCCUUCUCACAGCCACAAUCUGGAAUUUGGCCUAACAAGAUGGCCAGGAUUCCAGGGCGGAAAUGUAUUUUCAGACGAUAUUAUCUUGUGUUAAAUAGAUCCAAUUUACCACGCAAGAAUUGUUCCCAUACAAAAGGCCAAAACAGAUUUGGGAAAAUCACCAAUCCAAAUGAUGCACGCUUCUUCACAAUAAUUUGAGCAACCAAGCCUGGAAUAUUAUUCUCACUCCAUUUCCACUUUCCAAUUAUAGGUCUCCAUUGGGAUAGAAAUUCAAUCAGAUUCUCCUUCUCCUUCUCCUUCUCCUUCUCCUUCUCCUUCUCCUUCUCCUUCUCCUUUUUUUUUUUUUUGCCAUUGCAUCUUUGAGAAAUUUUCUCCAUGGACAGAUUUUUAAGUAUUAUUUACAUAGCACCAGUAAUUAACACUUUUCACCUGGCAAGUCGUAAACACGCUGGCCGUGUGAGAAGCAUUAAUUCAGCAUCAUGAUUUAGCACCUUGACACUCGAAAACCAAAGUGUGUCUGUACCAAUUAAUAUCAGAGGCAAAAAGAAAUUUGCAGACAAAAAUUGGCAGGAGUAAUAAGGAUACUUAACCCAUCCUUCUUGACUGGGAUGUCAAGUUCAAAUUGCUGUGCGUUCCUCAUGAGGACUAGUUCUUUAGCCCAAAGGCCGCAAUAUUGAAGGCUUUUGCUAUAGUGAUACAAAAAACUCUAGUGGGUUAAAAAUAAAGAAUAUCACGGUUUGCAACAUAAAUGUAUUAAAUUUAAAAAAUGCUGCAAAAUAGCUUAGUCUUUAAGCAUAGUAGGAAUAAUAAUAUUAAUAUUAAUUGGCAUUAUUAUUAUUAUUAUUUUCAUUUUGGUCAGUUCACUGACUUAAGCUGCUUUUUGCUUAACCAGAACGCCAUUAUCUGGUUUUACUGGGCUGAUAUGUAAUAGUUUUAUAAGAUAAAACUAUUUAUCAAAGUAUUGUUGCAGGGCGGUUGGGUGUGUGUGUGUGCAGAAAAUGAUUUGGGGUGCUGCAUAUGCUCCAUGGGCCACAGAUUUGAGACCCCAACCCUCUAUGCUGAUUCUUGCCUUCCCAACUUUUCUUCUUCCUGCACCUCUGCAAUGCAGCUAAGCUUUUUUCACUAACUGGAGUGCAAAAACACAUUUGUUAGUUACAUGGGGAGGAAACAUCGGCAGAGAAGACUUCCAACCAGGGGUGCCUCCAGACUGUGGUUCAAAAAAUCAAGGUGGCAGUUGUGACAACAUGAUUGAAUGUCCUCCUUUUUUUAUGUGCGUCACACUGCCAUCUUGAUGUUUUUGACCAGACCCUGAGGACACCCCUGUUUCCAAUUGAUACAUUCUUCCUGGAAUAGAUCUGCCUCCCUUCCUCCAUCUUAGCUGCAUUGCAACCGGCAACCUUGGUCUUCUGGAACCUGGACCAAUUCUGUCCAUAUAAGCCAACUUCCUGUUCUAGCUGAACCUGAUUUUCACAAGUUCUAAGUUUUGGUCCUUGUAUUCUGGCAGUUGACUGUGUCCCAAUCCUGUCUGACUUCAGAAGGUUGCCCAGGGCUCAGUCUUGGUGUUCCACCAUGGUGUUACCUAGGCAAUGCAUAUAUUUUUUAACUAAGUGAAUAUGAUGCUCUAUUUUUUUGGAAAGGAUCAUUCCUUCCUCAGCCACAUUCCCUCCAAAUGUGUUGGGACUGUAGCUCCCCUAAUUCCAGGCAGCAUGGUCACUGGGAAUGGCAAUCCCAUCUUAUCUGUGGUUUUGGGGGGAAGACUCGUCUACCUCAUGAAAUGAAAUGAAAUGAAAUGAUACCAACAGAUAUUGAGAUAUAUCCAAUCCAAAAAGUCAGCCUUGAAUUUGGGAGUUAUUUUUUAGCAACUACUUACCAGCCAACCAUGUUCUGAAGCCAAUAUUAUCCUUCUAAGAAUGGAUAUGACAAGAUCCAUUCCUUUCUAUCCAUGUCCAAUGACAGCUCAUUGCAGAGCAGAGAGACAUAACCUAGAGCUAUCAUACCUAAGCUGUGAAACUCCACUAGACCACUAGAUGGCAGCAAAGGAAUGCAGAACAUUGCCAUCUAGUGGGCAUCGAGAUUUUUGCAGCCCCAAUUGGGUAGCCCUACUUACAAGAACCUUCCAAGAUAUUUCUGAAUGCUGUAUUCGAAGACAUUGAACAUGGCAUUAAAGUGGCAUUCUCCUGUUGGUAGUUUUCAGAACCAGGUUAGGCAUCUCUGGCCGGGGAAGAGCUCCCACCAGAUUCCUAGGGAGGGGGCAAAGUUAAAAUUCAUCAGCAACGAGAUGCCUUUAAACAGGAGGUGGCCCUGCAGAUAUUCUGGAGCCAAGCUCCCAUCAGACUUCCAAGGACAAUGAAAAUCCAAAAAUUCUCCACUCCUACGUUUCCCCUUGGAGAAAUGCUACACCUUGGAUUCUUGUCUAAAAGGAGUAGAAACAAGAAGUCUUCAUUUUCUAGCCUCCUAGAGAGGAAGCAUGAGGACCAAGUCAACAUCCAUCAACCCACCUGCUAUUUGCGUAGGAAUAAAGCAAUCCAUUCUGGAGAUAAAAGCAUCCUUUGAUUUUUGAGGAUGGCCCCACAGCCAUCACCAUUUUAGAAGAGGCAUUUCCUCUAAAAUGAAGAAAGAAGGACAUUUCUUCUAAGAAUGGUUUCAAAGCACUUCCAUUAAGAAAAGGAUUCCUCUUAACUUUUCAUCUUCCGCACUGGUCAGGCACCUUUUAACCAACUGAAACUUUCUUAAAUAUAAUUGACUAAAGCUUGCUGGAGUCCAGUUGCUAAACUACUGAUUUAGAGAUGGUUUCUUUGCCCUUCUAACUGCUGCUGUGAUUUCUUGACUUUUCACUGAUGUUUAGCUGGCAUACAUUAACACACGCUUUUAAUGGAAAUAAUCUGUGGUGACCUUUGUUUAAUGCAGAGAUCGCAGGCCUGGCUUUGCACCAAUGGAAUUCUGCAAUUUCUGCAGCCAGAAAUUAAAAUUUCUCUCCUGUCCCCCAGAAGUACCAAGGGGAUUGACAUGGAAUGGUUGCACUUACAACCUGAUUGUUUUGUAUACACAGUCUCCUUCAAUGUACUGGAGCUUCUCUAGAGCUUUAAAAAGCACUGCAGAUGAAUUAUUUUCUUAUUUGUACUGAAUUUAAUAGCAAAGAGCUUAUGGUAAAAUGCAAAAUAGUAAGAUCAGAGAAAGAAACAACACAGAUACUCUUAGAGUCUGUAUAUUCCAGAUGAAUAUACAAAGCCUCAUCUUUAUUUUUAUAUUAUUUAAGAGCUUUUCUUCUGGGUUGGGGAGUCAAAUGAAUAAAAAAU